AGCCGCCGGGGGUUCCCGCCCGCGGACACCUGGGCCCUGGCUCUGCCGCAGCCCCGCCUGACCGCCACGCCACCAGCCAUGCGGCAGCCGCUCUACCGCUGCUACAACAUCACCUCCGUGGAGAAGGGCUACUCGGCGACCAUGGGCGGGGUGCUUUUCAGCGCGGGCCUCCUGGGCAACCUGCUGGCGCUGGGGCUGCUGGCUCGCUCGGGGCUGUGGUCUUGCCCGCCGCGCACGCCGCCCUCGGUCUUCUACGUGCUGGUGUGCGGCCUGACGGUCACAGACUUGCUGGGCAAAUGCCUCGUGAGCCCCUUCGUGCUGGCCGCCUACGCGCAGAACCGGAGCCUGUGGGGACUGGCGCCCGCGUCGGACAGCUCGCUGUGCCAAACCUUCGCCUUUUUCAUGUCUUUCUUUGGGCUCGCCUCCACGCUGCAGCUCCUGGCCAUGGCCCUGGAGUGCUGGCUCUCCCUGGGGCACCCCUUCUUCUACCGACGGCACAUCACCCUGCGCCGCGGCGCGCUGGUGGCGCCCGUCGUGGGCGCCUUCUGCCUGGCUUUCUGCGCGCUGCCCUUCGCGGGCAUCGGGAAGUUCGUGCAGUACUGCCCCGGCACCUGGUGCUUCAUCCAGAUGGUGCACGAGGAGCGUUCGCCGUCGGUGCUGCGCUACUCAGUGCUCUACGCCAGCCUUAUGGCCCUGCUGGUCCUCGCCAUCGUGCUGUGCAACCUGAGCGCCAUGCGCAACCUCUACGAGAUGCACCGGCGGCUGCGGCGGCGCCCGCGCUCCGGCACCAGGGACCGCGCGGAGCCGGGCGCAGGCGAGAAGGAGGCGGCUGUGAAGCCCCUGGAGGAACUGGACCACCUGCUGUUGCUGGCCCUCAUGACGGUGCUCUUCACUCUGUGCUCCCUGCCUUUAAUAUAUCGUGCUUACUAUGGAGCAUUUAAAGCGGUCAAUGAGGAAAACGGCACCUUUGAAGAAAUGGAAGACCUCCGAGCCUUGCGUUUUCUAUCUGUAAUCUCCAUUGUGGACCCUUGGAUUUUCAUAAUUUUCAGAACACCAGUAUUUCGGAUGUCUUUUCACAAGAUUUUCAUAAGGCCUCUUAUGUACAGAAAUUGGUAUAACAAUUCCUGCCAAACUAACAUGGAGUCCAGUCUGUGACAGUGUUUUACCAUCCAGUCUCUGGUAAGCUGAGGAAUAUGUCACAUCUUCUGUCAAAGAACCAUGAUUAAAAAAAAAAAAAAAUUUACAAUUUAAAAGCUAUCUCCCAUAACAAAACAUCUAAAUGUGUUUUCAGAAAUAUUUGAUAACAUCUUUAACAAUCUGUGGUCACUCUAGUCACGAACCAGUUCAGUCGAUUUUUUCAUCUUGAGUUAUGAACAGCAACUACAAUUUCAUGUAGUGUAACCAACGUUAACAGUCUUCAAGCGAGGAUAUUAAUUGUUCCAACAUUUGGGCGUGGCGUCCCUAAUGUUUUAGAGAGAAUAAUGACACUCCUGGGUGUUUAUUUGGAUUCCGGUAGAAGCACCAUUGUUUACAGUUAUGUGAUGUGUGUUCUUAAAAUUUCUUAUCCUAUUCAUUUCUGGUGAAACCUGAUUUGUUUAUUUUGUAUCCUAAUUGCCUGAAUUAGAGAUGCUCCGCAGAGAAGUGAGGUGGGAAGUGCAGCCAGGUCAGGGUUUGGACAGGCCUUUGCCAGCCACCCUCUGGAAUGGUGCUCACUGCUUCAUGUGGAGAGGUGGUCGGUAAAUAAGUAGACAUGAGGCAAGAUGUGGCUGUGGUCCCCAGCCUAGAGAAGAAAAACUCGUUUUUAUCUUUUGAAGUCUAGUAUUCAGGUAGGGAUGUCAGUAGGAAUCGGAAUUUGGGAGUGGGUUACAAAAUGUUUCAAUUUUUGGAAACUUCAUUUUAUAUGUUUACCAUAUUGAUUGAUUCUUUGCAGGAGGGAUUUAUGUUUCUUUGAAAAACGGUGACAUAUGACUUCCCAGAGAGUCGUGUUCACUGCGUUUGGCUGUGUGAAGCAGCAGGGCAUUUGGCACAGAGAAAAGCCCACCCAGGACUCCCCUAACCUCAGUUGAGGAUCAUGUCAACAACCUUAACAUCCACCUAUUAACAGCCAUAUUUUGCUCUUUGUGGGAACUGUAAGAUCAUAUUGAGGUCCCUGAGAGCUAUGCUUUCAAAACUGGAGCAGGAUGUGGCUCAGAUGGAGCACAAGUGAGCACUUUAAUCGUAUGUUUAAAUGUUUACAAAGGUUAGCAACACUAUGGCCAGAAGGGAAACGUGGGGGAAAUAUGGUUGCAGCUAAUAAGCCAAACAAAAACCUCUAAAUCCAGCUUGUAGGUAAGAACUUGCACUUUUGGUAAAAGAACACUUGGGGGCUGUCAGAGAGGUUUCAUCACCUCUGGGGUCCUUUUGUACCCCCACACACUCAGAGACUCCGAGCUGGAAACCUGGCUACAUUUGAAUAGUCCCAAGAUCCCCACUCAGCCAUCCCUUCCAAAGACAAGAGUGUUUGUCUUAUUUCCAGUUGAGCAGCAACCCCAUUUUUCAUCUCUGGUUUAUCUCAGAGAUGUAUUAACCUGGAUAUAUAUAUGUGUUUGUUUGUUUUUGGUACAGCAGAACUGUGAAAUGACCAAAUUAGGAAUAUACAAGUUGUAAUUUGAGAGGAUGACUUCAUGAAAAAUCCAUUUGUUCUCAAGUUUAACUUUCAUUUGUAUAUUUAACGGGUAAAUACAUAUGUGUUUUAUUUUCAGAGGAGAUGCCUCUUUUUUUUUAAUUUUUUUUUUAUGUUUAUUUAUUUCUGAGACAGAGAGAGACAGAGCAUGAGCAGGGGGAGGGGCAGAGAGAGAGGGAGACACAGAAUCAGAAGCAGGCUCCAGACUCUGAGCUGUCAGCACAGAGCUCGACGCGGGGCUCGAACUCACAGACCGCGAAAUCAUGACCUGAGCUGAGGUCAGUCGCUCAACUGACUGAGCCACUCAGGCGCCCCAGGAGAUGCCUCUUUUAUUGUGCUCUCCUUUUGGAAGGUGUGCUAUAAUAACUGUCAAGAUAAUUUGAUAAGGUCUUAUAUGAAUCAAUAAACAUAAUUUUAUAAUAUUUUGCAGAGGAAGUUUCUUUAAAUGAAAGGAAGAGGUUUAGUUUUUUUUUUUUGAAUAAACAGUUGCCAGUUGUAUUUCUUCCUCCAGUGGUUUAAUAGUGUGAAUUUUUAUAUGCUCUUCUAUUAGCAUUUAUAUUAGUCUACACAAGUUUGCAUAGCUUUAUCCAAGGACUUAGUGAUCCUUUCUGUUUAAUACAAAGUGUAGAUAUACCAUCAUGAUGAAAUCCAAGUUAAGUUAGAAGUCCAUUCUUCAAUUAUCUUUUAUUUCUUUUCGUUUAUUCAUUAUGUCAUUAAAUAAGUCUUAAUUGGCACAUACAUUGUGCCAGGCAAUUGGUUAGGUGCUGAGGAAAAGAAUACCUAAGACUCAGUCCUGGCCCAUGAGUUUUUCAUUGUGUAAUAGGGGAGACAGUCAUGUAAACAGUUACAAUAGCAUUUAGAAGUCCCAGGAGUAAAUGCACACAUGGUCCAGUUAGAAAAUGAGGUCUGAACUUGGGGUUGGGUGUGAGAUCAUCAGGAGAACUUCUCCAGGACAAGAUACUUAAAUCAAGUGUUGAAAAUGAGUAGGAAGUUUGGCUCGGACUGAAUGCCGGACGAAGACCCCAAGAGAUAGUUCACAGAAGAGGAACUGCAUGUGGUUCAUAAAUGUAGAAAAAUUUCCAACCUCAUCCAAGAAAUGCAAAAUUAAAAUGAAAUUGUCAAGGACUAAACCAAAAAAAAAAACAAAAAAAAAAAAAAACAAAACAAAACCUGAGUCUCAAUAACAGAGAAGCUUUUAUUAAAUAAGAGGAACGUGGCUGUUGAGUUUGUAAAUUUGACUACCUUUUCUGGAUAGCAACCUGACAGCACAUAUCAAGAACCUAAAAGUGUUCUUUUCUACCAUUCUAGUAAUUCCACUCUAGAAUUGCCUAGAAUAAACAGAAGGGCUGUCAUGGCGAUGUGCUAAACUCUUCUUUGUAACAUUAUUUAUAAUCAGGAAAAAAUGAAAAGGAAACCAUCUAAAGACCAAAACAAGGGUUAAACAAACUUUUCAGAUAUACUAGAGAGUUCACCUUUGAACAACACAGGUUUGAACUACGUGGGUUCACUUAUUUGUGGAUUUUUUUUCUCAACAAAUAUAUUGGAAAAAAUUUUUGGAUGUUUGCAGUAACUUGAAAAAACCUCACAGUUAAACUGUGUAGACUAGAAAUACAAAAAAAAAAUUUAAGAAAAAGUUAUUAUUGUAAGAAUACAGUAUGUAACACAUAUAACAUACAAAGUAUGUGUUAAUUGACUGUUUAUGUUAUCUGUAAGGCCUCCAGUCAAUAGUAGGCUAUUGGUAGUUAAGUCCUGGGGGAGUCAAAAGUUACACACAAGUUUUUGACUAUAGCUCCAGCUCCUUGUGUUCAAGGAUCAAUUGUAUACACACACACAAACAUGAGAAUUAUGCCAUCAUAAAAAAAAGAUGUUUUCAAAUAAUUUAUAGAAGUUCAGAAGGAAUCUUACAAUGUAAUAUUAGAUGAAAAAAGCAUGAUACAGAUUUUUAGGUAUGACCCAUAAAUAUACAUGCAUAGAAAAUAGUUUGAAAAAAUAAAGAAUCAGAAGUGUGAACAUAGUUAACCUUUUAAUAUGGACUUUUCCCCAUAAUUCUUUGCAUUUUCCAAGUUUUAAAAUAAGGCCAUGUUUCUUUUACAUAAAAUUAUUUUUUUACAAAAAUAACUAGAAAUUGACCAAGCAAACAUGGGGGAUAGGCAUGAAGGAAAAGCUUCCUAUUUUUUUUUAAUAUUUAUUUUUGAGAGAGAGAGAGACACUCUCCUGAGUGCAAGUGGGGGGAGGGGCAGAUGGAGGGGGAGACAGGAAAUCCCAAGUGGGCUCUGUGCUAACAUCACAGUUUCACAGUUUUGUGAACUCGUGAAACACCAGAUCAUGACUUAAGCUGAAAUCAAGUCAGACAUUUAAGCAACUGAGCCACCCAGGUGCCUUGGAAGAGCUUUCUAGUCUAAAGGAAUAGUAUGUGCAAAGCCACACAGUAAAGGAGUGUGGCAUGUCCAGGCUUAGUUUGUAGCUCCAUUUGGCAGAAGCUUGGGAAUUGUGAGCAAAGGUGGCAAAAAAGCUGAAAAGAGAGGCAGGUUUUAAAUCAUAUAGAGUGUUGGGUGCAGUGGUGGAGGGUUGGAGACCUUGAAGCCAGUGUGCAAACAGAGUAGAAUAUGAGGAAGAUCAUGCUGGUGCCAUGCACUGUGGACGGGACAGAUGGGGCACCAGAUGGUGUGAGAGAGGGAGUGCUGGGGCCCCAGGUGGUUGUACAGUCUGUGCACUCCACCAGAGCGCUGGCUAAGUGGAUGGGUCUGAAAUACAGCCCUGGGCCUGCUCACCUGGCUGUGGGCUGCAUCAGCUCAGAGGAACGGGCUUUUUAUGAUCUUUCUACUAGGACGGGGACAAAGACGGUGUAUGUGCAGGCCUGGGAGUGUCCUGUUGCCAAGGAGGGAAAGAGGUGAGGAGGAGCUGAACUCAAGCACUGAACUCAAGAUGAAUCACACAGCUCUUUCAUAGGUAGAGCUGACAGGAAGGAUUCCAACUUAUUCAGUCAUGCCUUUUGUUUUGCUUUCAGUGGUGUAUCGGGCCAUUUUCUGCUUCUUAGUUUCAGGAUACUCAAGGGCAAGUUAGGAAAGGGGACAAUUCUGAAAAAAUUCCCCCCACCCUUUCUUAUUACAUUCCCAGUUUAUCUGGACAGAGGAUUGCAGCUACUGAUUCCCACAAAGUUUCUGAGCUACCUGUGGAUUUUAAUUACAUAUUACCCAGCCAAGUUAAUAAAAGGCCACCUGUUAGGACUGUUAAUUUAGUUCCAAUAAUCAGUCAGAGGCUGACUGGGCCAGGUGUUCUUGAAACUUUAGGGGAGAGAGGAGGAAUCCCACAAAUAAUAAGCACUUGGAUGACUUCAGACACUCCCUAGCCACACAGCCAGCUUGCUCAUUUAACUGAAGGUCUCCGUGCUCCAGGCCACUGCUUGUCAAAGCAUGGCCCUGGAGCAGAGCAUCAGUACCACCCCCUACUUGUCCAGCCCCACCUCACACUUACUGAAUCAGAGUCUCUUGGGGUAGGCCCCAACAAACUAUGCUUUAACAUGCUCUUUGGGUGAUUCUCAUGGGUGGUCAAGUUUGAGAACCACUGCUCCAGGCAACAAGGUAAGGGGGGGUGGGGGGGAAGACAAAAUAUGCCGAAGACUCCAUGAUGUUUCUCCUACCUCUGAUUCUCAGAUCUUUUCAGUUGUGGGUCAUCCCUCACACUUGACUCCAUUUUAUCUGUAAUGUUCUUAAGGCUGUUAGAACAUUUACAUGCAGGCAGCCAUCACAUACCCUUUCCAGUGCUCACUACUGAUGGCGGUGAUGAGCCUUUGGCCCCAAAGAGAUAGAGGUACUCCCUCAGAUAUGCUGCUUCUUAGCCUCCUGCAGAUGCACCUUGGGGCUAAGGCUGUGAGUUGUUCUGUUGUGAAAGAAAACCAACUAAAGGGCAUUCAUUCACAGAAAUGUUACCAGAUUAUAUGUAAAGGUGGGCUUUCAUUUGGGAUUUAAAGAUAUUUUUUAGCUCUCCAUAGAAUAGAAAUCUCCAGUAAAAUAUGUAUAACUAUUUUUAAAGUUUUGUAAUUUAUACUUUUUGAAUAUUUUAAAAAAUACAUCAUACUCUAUCUUCUCUCCUAGGUUUUAAAAGAUGUGAGGACUAGAUAUUUUCCUAUUUUUCUCUUUUUUCCCCUAAUAACUAACAUGUACUAUAGAAGGGCUAUAAAUAUGUGUUGAAUAAAAUGUGCUCUCUCCCAUGAUUUCCCCAAAACAUAAGUAAUAUUCAAUAAGAGGCUGCUGUAACUUGAUCAAAGAGUCCUCUAUAUCUGAGAGGAAUGUUCUCAUUCCAGCAUACAAGAAUUUUUCUAUUAGGCCAUGCAAAGAUGAAAAUAAUAAAUGCAGGAAAAAAUAUUUUUGCUCCAUAUUUUCCUAGUGUCUCAGAUUGUGGAAAUUAAUGUGUUUCAGUUUUAUCCAGGGAAUAGCAAGCUGUAAUUAAUAAAAUUAACAACAUAUGGGGCACCUGGGUGGCUCAGUUGGUUGGGCGUGUGACUUCAGCUCAGGUCAUGAUCUCACAGUUCAUGAGUUCAAGCCCCACGUUGGGCUCUGUGCUGACAGCUCAGAGCCUGAACCUACUUCGGAUCCUGUGUCUCCUUCUCUCUCCGUGCCCCUCCACAGCUUGUGCGCUCUCUCUCUCUCUCUCUCUCUCAAAAAUCAAUAAACGUUACAAAAAUUUCUUUAAUUUAAAUUAAAUUAAAUUAACAAUUAAAAAGUUUAUUAGGCAAUGUUAAAAUUGUAAAAACAAUUUUGCCUCACUGGAGUAGAGUGUUUCCUGCCCAUCUCUUAAUUCCUCUCAUGAGUGAGGCUGGAUUUGCCAAUGUGGCUAUUUCCAGUACUGCCUGCGGGUGGAGCAAAGCUGAGCUCACAGAUAAAGUGUGGUAAAGUAAUUAGGGUUUGCUGUCCCUGCCUUUGCACAACUCUCUAAUUUGUUGAAACAAAUCACAGGUCUCACCCGAUAUCAGCUAGGUGAAGAUUGAAUCUUUCAGACAACUUUUAAAUCUGUAUGUACUUGGAGUCAGUCCAGUCUUAAAAAAUUUUGCAAUGAAUGGAUUCAGAAUCCAUCAUGCUCUGGUUACAGAGCAUGGUCAAAUAUAGGGAGAGUGGGAAAUAAAGUUGAUUUUUUUUUUCUUUUUGCUACUGAAUUGCUAAAACCAAUGAGAAUAAAGCAUAGUCAAGUCCAAUCUGAUAAGAAUGUAUAUUUUAAGUCACCUUAGAGGGCCUUCUACUGAUUCUUAAUUCAUAAGAAGUUCUUAGAAUCCAAUUGAAAACAUAGGACAAAUUAGAAGUUAAAAAUAAUACAACGUAGUGCAAAUGUUACUAAGUGCUGCGGUUUAUGGCAUAGAUUUGAACUCAUCAAGUCCCAAAUCAAAGACAAUUGAUGUUUAAGAUUAGUCUAGUGGCACAUUGUAUUGACACUAGGUAAACAAUGACAUUGGUAGCUUGCCAACAUCAAUUUCUUAUCAGUACAAAAUAGGAUAUGAAAACGGUAAGUGCCAUGCAACAUUACAUAAUUCAUGGUGAAUUGGGAAGGACUUCUUUAAUUUCUUCCAAUUGAAAGCCCACCCAAUUUAUCCAAUGGAUAUGAAAAUUUGAUUAGAAGGGGCACAUGCACCCCAAUGUUUAUAGCAGCACUAUCGACAAUAGCGAAAGUAUGGAAAGAACCCAAAUGUCCACUGUCUGGUGAAUGGAUAAAGAAUAUGUGGAAUAUAUACAAUGGAAUAUUAUUCAGCAAUGAAAAAGAAUGAAAUCUUGCCAUUUGCAACAACAUGGGUGGAACUGGAGGGUAUUAUGCUAAGUGAAAAAGAUAUCAGAUAAAGAUUAUCAUAAGUCAGAGAAAGAUAUCGUAAGAUUUCACUCGUGGAAUUUAAGAAACAAAACAGAUGAACAUAGGGGAAGGGAAGCAAAAAUAAGAUGCAAACAGAGAGGGAAACAAACCAUAAAAGAUUCUUAAGUGCAGAGAACAAACUGAGGGUUGCUGGAGGUGUUGGGUGGGGGGGGAUGGGCUAAAUGGGUGAUGGGCAUUAAGGAGAGCACUUACUGGGAUGAGUACUGGGUGUUCUGUGUAAGUGAUGAGUCACUAAAUUCUAUUCCUGAAAUAAUUAUUAUACUAUAUGUUAACUAACUUCGAUUUAAAUUUUUAAAAAAACUGGAAAAAAAAAUAAAAAUAAAGCCCAUCCAGGGAAUUCUAAAUUAAAAAGACAAAGUGCAAUCAAUGAUUUACUAAUCCAAAAUAAAAUGACCCCAAAAAGCUAAAAUGGGACCAAAAAUAUAUCUUUAAAAUGUGAAUGAAAGUAAUAUCAGGCAAAAUAGAAUUUAAGUCAAUAAAAGUUUUAAAUGGUUAAGUGGAUAAAAAGUCUACUUGGGGCUGUAAAUUACAAUCAGUAGUGAAUACCUUACAGCCUGGACUUAUUCUGAUAAAAUAAUAUGACAAUGAAAAUGCAAAGAAAAAAGCACUGGAAACAUGAGAAAUGAAAAAAAAAUCACUAAUUUUUUGGAGUAAUUUUUUGGCAUGGAUGAUUUUUAUGCCUCCCCCCCCCCCAUCAAAGGGAGAUCAAAUAGACAAAAAGACAUUUGUUUAAAUAUAUCUAUAUUUCUGGUGCCACAUAACUCAAAACUCGGAUUUAUAUUCAUUAGGAAGAGUGUAUUUAGGUUGGUCUGUUUUUAAGCAUCGGCUCUGAUACAGACUUAAAAUUCACUUUUGGGGUCUUAAGAAAGAUAAAAAUUGGUUCUCCAGAGCCGCUAAAACAGGUUCAACAAGAAGCUUGUGUGACUGUGGAAGAGACAUGCCUUAUGUAAAGCAGUGUUGUGGGCAGAGAAAACGAACAGUGUUUCAAACAUGAGGGCUAAACUCAGUCCUAGGGAAUAGAAUCUCCAGGGGCGCCAGGGUGACUCAGUUAAGUGUCCGACUUCGGCUCAGGUCCGUGAUCUCACCGUCUGUGAGUCGGAGCCCUGUGUUGGGCUCUGUGCUACAGCUCAGAGCCUGGAGCCUGCUUCAGACUCUGUGUCCCGCCCCUCCCCCACUAGUGCUCGCUCGCGCUCUCUCUCCCUCAAAAAUAAAAUAAACAUUAAAAAAAGUUUUUUUUUAAAGAAUCUCUGAUGGUUAGAUGUUAGUUUGUAAUUUAGCUGCUUUGUGAUCUGUAUACUGGGCAAAAUUCUGUAUACUGUGAUCCAGGAUGAGUAUCAGUCGGGAUUUUUUUUUGUUGAAUAAUGGUUGGCGAUUCUCCAAAGCAACAGGGGACAAGCCAACUGGUGAUUUAUAUCAUUGGAAUGGCAGCUUCUGAUAGAGCUGCCAGUGAUCCCUGUCUUGGUGUAUAUGCUUUUGUGUAAUCUCUUCCCCUCAAGUAUGAGCUGGACCUAAAAACUUGCUUCUAAUGAAUAGAAUACAGCGAAAAACAUCUGGGAUGUUACACUCUGGAUUAGGUGACAAAAAAGACUGGCUUCUGCCUUGCUUGCUUGCUCUAAUGGAAGCCAGCUGCCAUGCUUUGAGAGGCUCACAAGGCAAAAAACUGAGGGAGGUCACCCAGCCAACAGCCAGCAAGUUGCUGACGCCCUCAGCCCUCAGCCCACAAGGAAGUGAAUCCUGCAAUCACGUGAGCAUUGCUGGAAGUGGAGCCUUUGGAGUCCAGCCUUGAGGUAGUUACAGCCACAGAAACACCUUGACUACAGCCUUGUGAGAGACCCAGAGGACCCAGCCAUGCCGUACCCAGAUUCCCGACCCACGGAAACUGUGAGAAAAAGUGUUUUGUUUUGUUUUUUUUUAAGCUGCUAAAUUUGGGAGUAAUUUUUUUCAGCAUAGAUAACUCAUACAAUCGUUACUGUUCAAUUAAUGGAUAUCUAAUUACAUAAAAAUCCAUAGCAUAUUUUACAGAUAAAUGUGAUACAUGGAAUAGCUACAAGCCUUGAUAUAUUAGGUAUAAGGAAAAUCUCAACAAAUGUAAGAAAGGAGAAAUUAAUGAGCUCUUCUCUGGUAGGUUUUAAGUUGCAACAAAAAAAAAACCUCUUUACUUGGAAGUGUUUCUUCUUUUGCAUAUGAUACAUGCUAAAUGGUGCAUAAACAUGCACAUACAAUUUAAAUAAUAAUUAUAAAAUGAAUAUCCAUGGAGACACCGUGCAGGUCAAGAAAUAGAACAUUGCUGGUACCAGAAGCCCCCUGUGUGCCUUUCCCUGAUCACAGCUCCAAAAGUAAACACUAUUCUGCCUUUGGAGAUGACCAUGUUUUGGCUUUUCUUUAUUUUAGCACCUAUGUGUGUAUCAUAAUACAUGUACCCUUUUGCAUCUUUCUCUCUAGCUUAGCAAUAUGUCUCAGGUGCAGAGGUGAGGACGGGGAUUCAGGUGUAUGUGAUUUGUGGAGCUCGUGCGCUCAGGAGAAAGGCAGUGAAGGAAGCAGGACAGGGAGAGGAGCUAAGCAAGGACGAGGUGUCAGCUUCAACCUGAUCCCCAAGGGAGCUCUGGAAGAUGGAAAAGGCCAGAGUGUUGGUCCCGCUGGGAUACUUGGGACAGCAUGUCAUAAAAUGUCUUCGGCCAGGGUGUACUGGGGAUACCCUUUUGGCCAAGGACGAUUGUCCAGAGCAGGGGCCAACUGCAAGCUAUUAGCAACCAAUACAGGAGCUGAGGGAUACAGCUCUGGCCUGGGACAGGGGAUCUGGACAGCACCCACUAUGUAUUCUGUUUGAGAUUCAGCUUUGCUGUAUUUGUAGCUGCAAUUCAUACAUUUUUGUGGCCAAAUAGUAUUCUAUCGUAUGACUGUAUCAUAUGUUGUCAGUGAACUUUUGGGUUUCCGGAUUUACCUAUUACAAAUAGUGCCUCUUUGACUAUUCCUAUCAUGUAUUGUGUUGGAUACAUUGCAUUGGCACAUACCUAGGAGUGGGACGGCAGGGUUACAGGGUAUGUGCAUCUUUGAUUUUGCUAUAUUGUAAAAUUGUUUUCCAACUCACGCCACCAGCAGCAUUGUUUGGUAGCUUCCAUUGCUAUACUUGUACUUUUGGACUUGAUAGGUUUUAGCCAGUCUGGUGAGUUUGUAAAUGGUAUCUCAUUGAGGUUUCAACAUGUUUUCCUUCUUGAUAAUAAUGAUGGACACAUUUUCAUACAUUUAUUGGUUCUUUGGAAGUUCUCUUCUUCUAAAGCUUUUAGUCAAGUUUUUUGCCUAGAUUUUUUUAUAAAAUGUCUGUCUUAUUGAUUUGAAGAUGUCUGACCACUUUGUCAGUUCUGUGUGUUGCAAAAAUCUUCCUUUCUAUAAUCCCUCUUUCAGUCUCUUUAUGCUGACUUAAAAAAAAUUUUUUUUAAUGUUUAUAUAUUUUUUAGAGAGACAGACAGACAAUGAAAGCAGGGGAGGGGCAGAGAGAGACACACACGAUCCAAAGCAGGCUCCAGGCUCUGAGCUGUCAGCACAGAGCCUGAUGUGGGGCUUGAACCCACAAACCCUGAGAUCGUGACCUGAGCUGAAGUCGGAAGCUUAACAGACUGAGCCACCCAGGCACCUCUUAGUGAAUAGAAGUUUUCAUUUUAUUUGAAUGUAGUAUACUAAGCUUUUAUUUCAUGGUUAAGAGUUUAAUGUCUUAUUUGAGAAUUUUUUUUCCUAACCUGGAAUUGUUUUUCUAUGUUAUAUAUCUUUCUAUGGAAAGAUUUUUCUAUGUUAUUUUACAUAAGCUUUAUAGUUUUGUCCUUUACUCUUGGAUUUUAAUCAAUCUGUAAUUUAUUUUGUGCAUGGUAUGAUGCAGAUAACUAAUUUUGUAUUUUUACCAUGUAAAUAACCCAGUUGUCUCCAAAUGAACUUUUUACUGAAAAGUGCUCUCUCCUCAUUGAUAUUAAAUGUCAUCACUGUCACAUAGCACAUUUCCAGAUUCGUAUGCCCACUUGUAGUCUCUGUACUAUUACAUUGGCCUGUUGUCUUAGUUACUUAGUAGUUUUAUCAUACCUGGUACAUUCAGUCCUCCCACCUAGUUUUUGGUGGGGUUUUUUGUUUGCUUUUUUUUUUUUUUUUUUUUUUUUU